AUGGUGAGUAACUUUUUUUUGUGGAAGACCGGAAACAUAUCGUAAAAGUUCUAAUCAAAUUAGCAAGAAUUUCACGUGCUUCGAAUUAUUCGCAUUCUUUUUUAUACGUCAAUGGUCUCGAAAAGAUCAAAGCUGGGGUGCUAGAAAUUCGCCAGCAAAUGUUAGAGCUUCUAGAAAGGCGUCAGCAAAUUUCCAAGCUUCUAGAAAUGCGUCAGCAUAAUCCAGAGCUUCUAGAAAUGCGUCAGCAAAUUCCGAAGCUUCACGCCAAAACUAGUACCUACAAAAUACACGCCAGCAAACCAACAAAAAUCACGUCAGUCAAAAGUGCGCAGGAACUUCUGAUCAAUGUAAGAUUACUACAAAAAUCACGUCAGCAAAACAACUUGUGACAAUUUAGACAUUUUAUGCGUCACGAGGUUUUAACGAUCUACGGUUGAAAACAAUAUUGGGCUACCAAAAAGGCGCUAGCGUUUUGAGGGAGCUACAAAAUUAGCGUCAGCAAAUUUUCUGUAAAAAAAAGCGCCAACUCAAAUUGGUCUAAAGUUCGACGUGACAAAACCAAAUUUUCAAUAAAAAGGAAAAACUGUUCUCUGUCACGUCACCCUCUGAAAACACACGAUAUUUUCAAAUUUCCAUAACCCGUUCCAGUUUUGCUGAUGUCUAUAAUCCCCGCAUUUUCGGCCCAAACUCUAAAUUAUGCAAAAACCUCACGUGGCCAAAACGUUUCCCCCCAAAAAUCUGUAUAAAAUGGGCGGAAAAAUAACAUUUCACACAUUGGUUGCCUUGUUGCUCUUGAAAAUCACAAAUUUGCAGAUGUUUGGCAGUCUUCCCUCACAAUGUCUUCAGUUACGGCCAUCGAAUCGAAAAGUGAGUGAAAAACAACGAAAAACAGCGCAAUUUUUCAUUUCCCGCCAUUUUUAAGAUGAAAAAUACCGGUUCCAGUCACAAAUUAGGAACUUUUCUUUCUUUCUUCUUUCUUCUCUUCCCCCCAAAAAAUUUGAGAAAAAUAAGAAAAGACAGCGGCCCGGAACGCCCUUUAUCAUUUCAUUUCUCCAUUUUCCAACUAUUUUUGAUUUUUUCUUUUCUUUUUGACGACGAGAAAUUUGUAUUUCUCCAAUUUUUAACAUGUUCACUAUUUAUUAUACACAUAAUAGUUUUGAGAAACUUGACAAUAAGGUGAGAGUUUUGGUUUUCUAGGUCAUUACCUAUUUAAAAACAUUGAAAAUCGGGUUUUUGCGCUAACUUUUUUGCAAAAACGAUUAGAAAUCUUGUGAGGGACUAGUUUUGGUUUUCUAGGCCACCCACACAAAACACUCGUCCCUCCUCAAAACCCCCCACGAAAAAUCUUACAUUUCCAGGCCUUCAUCGCCGCAGCAUGCACAAUUCCAGCCGAUUGCGUUUUCGCCGUCUCAUUAUACCUCGUAUAUCCCGACUCGCUCCUUCCAGCCGCACUUUUCAUCGUCAAUUUCAGUCUGAUUUUGUUGGCGAUGCUCGGAAUAAAUGCGCGAAUUUCGUCGAUGAUUUUGCCGGCUGUGAUUUGGAAAUGCAUCUUGCUGCUGUUUCUUCUUUUCGUUGGCUGUAUUUCUAUCGACGCGUUUCAAUCCGCCAAUCUUCCGCCACCAAAUCCCGAAUUCCCUGCCGAACUUUCGACAUCUUCCGAGCAAGAUUUGACCGACAGCGUGCAGGUUGGUGAUUUUUUGACCGCAACGCUUUCAAAAAGCUCCAAAUUUCCAGGUUUCACGAAGUGUUGCAGUCUGGCGUCAACUAUCCGCUCGCUAUCCACUUCUGCCAUUCUUCGCCGUCGCUUGUACCGUGAUUUUGGCCAUUGAGGCACGUGUAUUUUUCUCGGCUUGGCAGAAAAUCUGUUGCCCGAUUUAUACGCAGGAUGAUCAGGAUUUGGAGAAGGUUGGUCUUGUUUAUUAGGAGAAUCGCUCAAAAUUGAUGUGAAACUCGACUUUUUAGCUGAAAAACAUCAGAUUUUCAUGGUUUAUGACUCAAAAGUGAUGAAAAACAUGAAAAUUCAACGUUUUCAUGUUGUUCAACCCCAAAAAAGACUUUAAAACUUUAAUUUUCAUCUCGGAAAUCUGGAAAUUCAUGUUUUUCAUAACCUUUUAACAGAAAACUAACCAAUUUUCAGAAUUUUCCACCCAAAAAUCAAUAAAUCUUGCAGAAUCCACCAGCAUAUCAUCAUUGCGUUCAAGCCGACAAAGACAAUCAUCUUCCGUCCUACGAAGAUGCGUUACGUGCGGCACAAUCAUCGACGCAAGCCAAUCGACACGUCACAUAUGUGACGUCAAAAAUAUUCACCGUGUAA